UCUCGCCAUCUGGUUGGCCCGCCUGACCCUAUCUCCCACCUACGCCCAGUUAUAUACGACGAUGUUCCCCGGCCUCCUCCGCCAUCUUUGCUCAAACAUCCGUAUUCAUUAGCAGAAUUCGACCCCGAACCUCCGCUCGGAACUGGAGCGUACGACAUUCGGUGGAAGCUCGAGCGACAGCAGUUAGAUGACCUGGACCAAAAUUUCUGGCUAGAUAGUAAUAUUCGAUUUGAAGGCGGUAAAGAAGCUGUUCUGGCCAGCUUGCCCCCAACUGCGACGCCAGUAGAUAAAGAAGAGGCGCUUUCUGAGUUUUACAAGCAGUGGGUGAUGCAGGAGACGGAUCGGACGGAACAAUACACGCGUGAAUGGCGAGCAAGGAAUGUAUCUUGCAUCGUGCUUGCUGCUCGGGUGGCUGUAGGCAGACUGGGUAGAAUGAUCACCUUUUGGAGAUGA